AAGAAAUCAGUUUGUGUGAUUUGUAUUGGAAUGGCUGGAAGUGGAAAAACAACAUUUGUUCAAAGAUUAAAUUCUUACUUACAUACGAUUAAGAAACCUCCUUAUAUUGUAAACUUGGAUCCUGCGGUGGCUAAAUUACCUUUUCAAGCUAAUAUUGAUAUAAGAGAUACAGUAGAUUAUAAAGAAGUUAUGAAACAAUAUCGAUUAGGUCCCAAUGGUGGUAUUUUGACGGCUUUAAACCUUUUCACAACUAAAUUUGAUCAAGUUUUAAAUUAUAUUGAAAAAAGGGCCGAUUCAUUAGAUCAUAUUCUUGUAGAUACACCUGGUCAAAUCGAGAUUUUUACUUGGUCUGCUUCUGGUGCGAUUAUUACAGAUGCUAUUGCUUCUUCAUUACCUACGGUGGUAGCUUAUGUCAUCGAUACACCAAGAACGACUGCUCCUGCUACGUUUAUGAGUAAUAUGUUAUACGCUUGCUCGAUUUUGUAUAAAACUAGAUUACCAUUUAUUUUAGUAUUUAAUAAAACAGAUGUUCAACCUCAUGAGUUUGCAUUAGAAUGGAUGCAAGAUUUUGAAAAGUUUCAAGAAGCAUUGAUGUCAAAAAGUCAAGAAAAUGAAACUGAAGGUGGUAGUGGUUAUAUGAGUAGUUUAAUGAAUUCAAUGAGUUUAGUUUUAGAUGAAUUUUAUAAAAAUCUGAGAGCUGUUGGGUGUAGUGCUAUGACAGGCUUUGGAAUGAAAGAGUUUUUUGAAGCAGUAGAUGAAGCACGUGAAGAAUAUGAAACUGAUUAUCGACCAGAAUUACUUAAAAGACAAGAAGAAAGACAAAAAUUAAAAGCAUCAAAACAAGCCGAAGAAUUAAGUAAAUUAAUGAAAGAUGUGAAAGUGACUAACUCA